AUGGUGACAUCCUCAUCGUCGACCACCCGAACAAUAAGCUCCGCCGGCAACGUCCUCGACCCGACGACGGCGGCACCAGCUCUGUCAUGUUCCUCGUCGUUUCAUCUCCUUCCCGACGAAUGUCUUCGUCAUCGGUUGACGGCCAGAACGGCGGUUGUGGCAGCCAAAACGGCUAGAAAGGUGGCGGUUGCGACGGCCGGCCAUGAAUUUGACCGUGAAGGAACUCGUGGCCUUCCUCCACAACCACGGGCCAUCGACCUCGCUACUCUAAGAGCAGAUCGCCUCGAUUUCGUCGGCCCUCCUCCGCACGCCUUAGGUCGCAGCCGUCCAUUGCUCGCCACCGGACAGUCGUCCGCAACCGUCUCUCUUAUGCAAGCCAUCUGCCGGCGCCGUCUCGUUCCGCCAUCCUUCUGCUGCCGCCGUCUCGUUCUGCCGUCCAAACGCGCUGCCGUUUAG